GGCGCUCCGCCACCGCGGGGAGGCAAGAUGAAGGAGGUUUGCAGGAUCUGUGCCCGCGAGCUGUGUGGAAACCAGCGGCGCUGGAUCUUCCACACUGCGUCCAAGCUCAACCUCCAGGUUCUGCUUUCGCACGUUCUGGGCAAGGACGUCUCCCGCGAUGGCAAAGCCGAGUUCGCCUGCAGCAAGUGCGCGUUCAUGCUCGAUCGGAUCUAUCGAUUCGACACUGUUAUUGCCCGGAUCGAAGCCCUGUCCAUUGAGCGCUUGCAGAAGCUGCUGCUGGAGAAGGACCGCCUCAAGUUCUGCAUCGCCAGCAUGUAUCGGAAGAAUAACGACGAGCCAGGCGUGGAGACCAAGGCGGGGAGCGGGACAGUUGACAUUUCCGGCUUGCCCGAUGUCAGAUAUUCCGCGCUGCUCCAGGAGGACUUCGCCUACUCAGGAUUCGAGUGUUGGGUGGAAAAUGAGGACCAGAUUCAGGAGCUACACAGCUGCCAUGCUUCGGAAGGCCCUGGAAGCCGACCCCGGAGGUGCCGCGGGUGUGCGGCUUUGCGGGUGGCUGACGCCGACUACGAAGCCAUUUGUAAGGUGCCUCGAAAGGUGGCCAAGAGUAUUUCGGGGGGCCUUUCUACCAGGUGGUCCACCAGCAUUUGCACUGAAGAACCAGCAUUCUCUGAGGUUGGGCCAACCGAUUUAGCAAGCACAAAGGUACCGCAAGACGGAGAAAGCAUGGAGGAAGGGACGCCAGGAUCCUCGGUGGAGUCUUUGGAUGCCAGUGUCCAGGCCAGCCCUCCCCAGCAAAAGGAUGAGGAAGCAGAGCGAAGCGCCAAGGAACUUGUCAAGUGCGACUGCUGGGCCGAUGAGCAGGCCUCACCGCAUAUGUGUAGCCACAAACUGGCGCUGGCUCUUAGCGUGAUUAAAGGUCUUGAUUACAAGCCCCUCCAGAGCCCCCGAGGGAGCAGGCUUCCUAUUCCAGUGAAAUCCAGCCCACCUGGAGCCAGACCUGGCCAACUCCUGACAGAUGGAGUUGGUUCCGGUUUCCUUAACAGGUCUUUGAAACCCCUUGACAAGACACCUGUCAUUUAUCCCUUGGAGAUUUCAGAUCUGCAAGAGCUGUGGGAUGAUCUUUGCGAGGAUUAUUUGCCACUCCGCUUCCAGCCCAUGGCUGAAGAUUUAUUCAAAGAACAAAAACUGAAUUCAGAUAACACCACUGCAACCCAGCAGUCUGCAUCUGAUUCCCAGCUGGCAGAUCUCCAGGAGAAAAUCCAGCAAACAGAGACCACCAACAAGAUUCUUCAAGAGAAACUGAGUGACAUGAAUGAGGAACUAAAAUCUGCUCAGGAGUCAUCUCAGAAACAAGAAGGCACAAUUCAAAACCUCAAGGAAACUCUGAAAAGCAGGGAAAGCGAGACCGAGGAACUGUACCAGGUGAUCGAAGGCCAAAACGACACAAUGGCCAAGCUUCGGGAAAUGCUGCACCAGAGCCAGCUUGGGCAGCUCCAUAGUUCAGAGGGCGCUUCCCCCGCUCAGCAGCAGGUGGCUCUGCUCGACCUCCAGAACGCCCUGUUCUGCAGCCAGCUGGAGAUCCAGAAGCUGCAGCGGGUGAUCCGGCAAAAGGACCGGCAGCUGGCGGGUGCCAAGCAGUGUGUGCAGUUUGUGGAGGCCACAGCCCACGAGCAGGAGCAGCAGAAAGAGGCUUCUUGGAAACACAAUCAGGAACUGCGAAAAGCCUUGCAGCAGCUACAAGGGGAGCUGCAGAGUAAGACCCAGCAGCUGCAUACCCUGGAGACUGAAAAAUACAGUGAGAUUCGGGCCCAGGAGCAAAACAUCCAGCACCUGACCCAGAGUCUGCGCCACAAAGAGCAGCUGCUGCAAGAGUGUCAGGAGCUACUGCAGUAUCGAGAGAACGCAGACAGAACCUUUGAAGCAAAUGAGAUACUGCUUGAGAAACUCCGGCAGCGAAUACAAGACAGAGACGCUGCCCUGGAGCGGGCGAUCGAUGAAAAGUUCUCCACUCUAGAAGAAAAAGAAAAAGAACUACGGCAACUUCACCUUGCCGUGAGAGAGCGAGGCCAUGACCUGGAGCGGCUUCGCAGCAUUCUGUCCUCCAACGAAGCCACCAUGCAGAGUAUGGAGAGCCUCUUGAGGGCCAAAGGCCUGGAGGUGGAACAGUUAACAGUGACCUGUCAAAACCUCCAGUGGCUGAAAGAAGAAAUGGAAACCAAAUUUAGCCACUGGCAGAAGGAACAAGAAAGUAUCAUUCAGCAGCUGCAGACGUCUCUGCACGACAGGAACAAAGAAGUGGAGGAUCUUACUGCAACCUUGCUCUGCAAGCUGGGCCCCGGGCAGAGCGAGGUAGCCGAGGAGCUGUGCCAGCGCCUGCAGCAGAAGGAGAGGAUGCUGCAGGAGCUGCUGAGCGACCGCAACAAGCAGACCGUGGAGCAUGAGCUGGAGGUUCAGGGCCUGCUGCAGACCACGGGCGCCAGGGAGCAGGAGAGCCAGGCAGCUGCAGAGAAGAUGGUGCGGGCCCUAAUGGAAAGGAAUUCCGAGUUGCAGUCCCUGCGCCAGUUUUUGGGAGGGAAAGACUUCAUCUCUGACCAGCCAGGGGGCGUUACGGCCAUCGGCCCCCACCCCGGAGAGCAGACAGAGCAGGGCUCAGUGCAUAUGCCCUCCAGAGACGACAGCAUUUCGUUGACCCCCAAAGGGGAUGUCAGCAUGCCCAGGUCCUCGUCAGGAGACUUAGACACUGUUGCAGGACUGGAAAAAGAACUGAGUAACGCCAAAGAGGAGCUUGAACUCAUGGCUAAAAAAGAAAGAGAAAGUCGGAUGGAGCUUUCAGCUCUGCAGUCCAUGACGGCUGUGCAAGAGGAAGAGCUGCAGGUGCAGGCUGCUGAGAUGGAGUCUCUGACCAGGAGCAUUCAGAUCAAAGAAGACCUCAUAAAGGACCUGCAGAUGCAGCUGGUCGAUCCCGAGGACAUGCCAGCCAUGGAACGCCUGACCCAAGAAGUCUUACUUCUUCGUGAAAAAGUCGCCUCAGUAGAAUCGCAGGGUCAAGAACCUUCAGGAAACCGAAGACAGCAAUUGCUACUGAUGCUGGAAGGGCUGGUGGAUGAACGGAGUCGGCUCAACGAGGCCUUGCAGGCAGAGAGACAACUUUACAGCAGCCUGGUGAAGUUCCACGCCCACCCGGAGAGCUCUGAAAGAGACCGAACUCUGCAGGUGGAACUGGAAGGGGCCCAGGUGUUACGCAGCCGGCUCGAAGAAGUUCUCAGAAGAAGCCUGGAGCGCUUGAGCAGGCUGGAGACGCUGGCGGCCACUGGAGGUGCAGCCGCAGGCGACGACACCGAGGAUGCAAGCACGGAGUUCACCGACAGCAUUGAAGAGGAGGCUGCACAUAACAGCCACCCACAAGUCAUCAAGGUGGCUUUGGAGAAAAGCCUGGCAGCCGUGGAGACCCAGAAGACAUCUUUCCCCCCGCCUCCCCUUAGGGGAGCAGAUGGGAACAGGGGUCUUCAGGAGGAAAUACUUCACCUGAGGGCUGAGACCCACCAGCACUUAGAGGCGAGGAGGAAGGCUGAGGGGGAGCUGAAGGAGCUGAAGGCUCAGAUUGAGGAAGCUGGAUUCUCCUCCGUGGCCCACAUCAGGAACACCAUGCUGAGCCUGUGCCUGGAGAAUGCAGAGCUGAAAGAGCAGAUGGGAGAAGCAAUGUCUGACGGAUGGGAGAUGGAGGAAGACAAGGAGAAGGGCGAGGUGAUGGCAGAGACCAUGGGAGCCAAGGGGGAUCCGAGCGAGAGCUGCCUUCAGGCUGAGUGCAGGAAGCUCCAGAGAAAACUGAAAAAUGCCCACAACAUCAUCAGCCUCCUCAAAGAACAGCUGGUGCUGAGCAGCAGGGAGAGCAAGAGCAAGCUGGCACCGGAACUCCUGGCGCCCCGGGCCCCGGGGCUCGGUGGGACGAGCACGGAGCCGGCUGACUCCGCGGGGAGGCAGCAGCACCCAGAGGAGAAGGCUGUGGCUGCAAGACCCUGCCGCAGACCCCGCAGCCUGGCUCUCGGGGCGGCCCUCCCAGUGGGCGCCCAGCAUCCAGGCCAACUGGAUCGCCGGUCCCAGGACCGUGCCCCUGGGCCUCCGUCCGAAUGUGGCCUCCCGGGGUCCACCAAGCACCUGCGGUCCCAGCUGGCACAGUGCAGACAGCGCUACCAGGAUCUCCAGGAGAAGCUGCUGAUAUCAGAAGCCACUGUCUUUGCCCAGGCGAACCAGCUGGAGAAAUACAGGGCCAUGCUGAGCGAAUCCUUGGUGAAGCAAGACAGCAAGCAGGUCCAGGUAGACCUCCAGGACCUGGGCUACGAGACCUGCGGCCGCAGCGAGAACGAGGCUGAGCGGGAGGAGACCACCAGCCCCGAGUGCGAGGAACACGACAGCCUUGGGGACUCCUUCCUGAUGGAUGGGCUGUGCUCUCCGCAGGGGCGCUCAGCCACCGCCCUGGCCAGCCCCCCUGGGAGGACGUCCCUGGAGAGCCGGCUGGGGAAGCAGGACGAGUUCCAGGCACGUGGGAAGUCAGAAGACGUCUCUGUCCUACACAAGAACAUCAGAGAGCUGAAGACCCAGCUGCAGAACGCCAACAAGCUCAUCCAGAACCUCAAGAGUCGGGUCCGCUCCCUGUCCGUUACGAGCGAUUACUCCUCUAGCCUGGAGAGACCCCGAAAGCUGAAGGCUGUUGGCCCCCUCGAGGGAUCUUCGCCCCACAGCAUCACUGACGAGGAUGAAGGGUGGCUGUCCGACGGCACGGGGGCUUUCUACCCUCCGGGGCUGCAGGCUAAAAAGGAUCUGGACAGUCUGGUCCAGAGAGUGUCCCAGCUGGAGGCCCAGCUCCCGAAAACUGGGCUGGAGGGGAAGCUGGCAGAGGAGCUGAGAUCCGCCUCCUGGCCUGGGAAAUACGAUUCCCUAAUUCAGGAUCAGGCCCGAGAACUAUCCUACCUGCGCCAGAAAAUACGAGAGGGGAGAGGUAUCUGCUAUCUCCUCACCCAGCAUGCAAAGGACACAGUAAAGUCUUUUGAGGAUCUCCUGAGAAGCAACGACAUCGACUACUACCUGGGGCAGAGCUUCCGCGAGCAGCUCGCCCAGGGGGCGCAGCUGACAGAGAGGCUGGCCUGCAAGCUCAGCACCAAGGAUCAUAAAAGUGAAAAAGAUCAAGCUGGACUCGAACCGCUGGCCCUCAGGCUCAGCAGGGAGCUGCAGGAGAAGGAGAAGGUGAUCGAGGUGCUGCAGGCCAAGCUGGACGCCCGCUCCCUCAGCCCCUCCGGCAGCCAGGCCCCGUCCGACUGCCCCCGCUCCCCGAGCAGCUCCUCCUUCCUGUCCGACGAGCUGGAAGCCUCCUCCGACAUGGAGGUGGCCAGCGAGCGCACGCACUACGAGGAGCAGGAAGCCUCGCCCGGGGGCUCAGAUUCCCUCCAGCACUCGAGUCACGCUGCUGCGCUGUCUCCUAAACCAGCAGCCACCGGUGCCUCUCAGGGGGUUAAGGCGGAGCCCCGCAGCAACCCCACCAGCCUGCCAGCCCCCCCGAGCCCCCCCCGGGAGGCCAGCCGGGCCCAUCCAGGCCUCCGUCUCCCCUCCACACCCAGGCUGGCCAGCCUCCCUCAGGCUCCACUGCCCCCAGCGCCGCCCCGUUUCCCGCCCUUCAGCCCGGCCGCCGGCCUGCCCUUCCUGGGCUGCUGUGAGACCCCUGCGGUCUCCCUGGCCGCGGCCCAGCAGGAGCUGCAGCUGCUGCAGAAGCAGCUGGGAGAAAGUGUCAGCUCUGUCCACCCCGCUUCCUCAGCUGCACUGCUGGGUCACCAGGGAGAAGCCAGCUCUCCCCACUACCUCAACCCCGCCCCGCCCCGCCCUCCCGGGGGCGCCACAGAACUGGGCAGGGUCCUGGAGCCGGGGUUCCUGCGCAGCGGCGGCCAGUGGGACGUGAUGAGGCCGCAGAGAGGGGGCAGGUCCGGAGACCGGUCCUCAGGCUCCUCCGUGUGCCGGCUGAGCUCCAGGCCCACAGGGGCCGACCUGCUGGAGGAGCAGCUCAGCGAGAUCCGGGAUCUGCGCCAGCGGCUGGAGGAGUCCACCUGCAUCAAUGACCGCCUGCGGGAGCAGCUGGAGCGCAGACUCAGCUCCGUGGCUCGAACCGGAGAGCACUCCCGGGAAGCCGCCAGCCUGAGGGAGGCCCUGCUGUCCUCCCGGGCCCAGCUUCAAGAGCUGGAGCUGGAGCUGAAGCAGCAGAAGGCGGAGCAGCAACAGCUCCUGGAGGACCUGCGGGAGAAGCAGCAGGAGAUCCUGCGGUUCCAGGAGGAGCGACUGUCGCUGCAGGAGAGAGACUCCAGGCUGCAGCAGAAGCUGGCCCUGGUGCAGCAGCAGUGCGAGGAGAAGCAGCAGCUCUCCCAGUCGCUCCAGUCCGAGCUGCAGAUCUACGAGGCGCUCUAUGGCAGUUCCAAGGAGAAGAAAGCCUGCGCCCAGGAGGCCUGGCACCUGGCACCUUUGAGCAGUGACUUGAGCCACCUGGUGGCAGAGGUCCGCGCCCUGAGAGGCCAGCUGGAGCAGAGCGUUCAGGUGAACAACUGUCUGCGACUGCAGCUGGAGCAGCAGCUGGACGGGGGCGUCGCCAAGGCCCGGCUCAGCCCCCCCUCCCUCAGCCAGAGCCUCCCGGCCGCCGGGGACCCCACAAACAAGCAGCCGUUCUUCCCAGAUGCAGGUGCUUCCCCGCCUGUCCGGGACGUUGGCAUGAAUUCUCCGGCUCUGGUGUUCCCCGGCCCUUCUUCCCCUCCUCGCAGCUCAGACACCCUCAUGAAUGGGACAAAAGGCCUGGGUUUGGAUGCUUCUCCAGGUUCCAGGAAUCCUCCCACGCUGGAGGGCGAGGCGGCCGAUGGCUCCUUCGCCCACAAGCACGGCCGCCACGUCAUCGGCCACGUUGACGACUACAGCGCCCUCCGGCAGCAGAUCAGGGAGAGCACGCGCCUGGCGGCCAAGAUGGCGACGCUCCUGCGCUCGGCCUGCGGCCCGCCGGGCCUGGGGGCGCCGGGCACACAGGUGCCGGGCAGCACAGGCGUCCAGCAGCUUCGCAGCAGCGCCGGCGCCCUGCAGCGCUCGCUGGAGGAGUCGGCAGCCCUCCUCUCCAUGUUCUGGCGGGCGGCGCUGCCCAGCCCCCACGGGCCCGCACAGCCGGACACAGGGGGAGAGUCUGUGCGGCGGGAACUUCUGGAACUGAGAGCCAAGCUCUCCAAACAGGAGAGUCUCCUCCAGAGCACAGCUGAGCGCCUGAAGACAUCCAACCGGCAGAAGGACAGCCUGGAACAGUUCAUCGUCAGUCAGUUGACCAGGACGCACGACGUCUUGAAGAAGGCGAGGAGUAAUCUGGAGGUGAAAUCCCUCCGGGCUCUGCCAUGCACCCCAGUCUCGUGACCCCCACCUCCCCAGAGCCACGCAAGACGCGAAGCCACCAGAGGUCCUUAAAACCGCCGGAAGGGUGGGCCUGCCCCGCCUUCGCACAGCUCCCUGUCUGCUGAGGGGGCAGGCCUGUCCCGGGCCUGCCAAGGUUGUCUGGGGCGCAGAAUCAGCACAGAGCCUCCUGCCAUCCGGGACAGCGGAGCCUGGCCCAGCUCUCAGGAAAACGCCGAGUCCGCCAGGACCUGGCCACGCUGCGUCUGAGGACUCCCGACAGCUCGCUCCCCGCCUCAGCACCGGCCCGUGGAUGGCCAGCUCCGGGGAGAUGGGACCCCGCGGCCUGCGAAUGGGACGUGUGGUCAAACCCAGGUCUCGCAGUGGUGAAAGCACAAGGGCACAGCCGUGCCACGGACUGCCCCCACCAGCGGCCCCGCUGGGCCUGGCUGGCGCUGGCCCAGGCCCGGAGUCCACUUGGAGAGCCUUGACCCCCACACGCCAUCUCGCCCUGACCCCCGCAAGCCAUCUCUUGCUCCGCCCACAUGGCCUGUUUCUAGUCUUUCCCAGUCCCCAAGGGCACUGACCUCACUAGACUCGCGGUCCAUUUUGUCAUCCUGAUUUCUCCCGGGGGUGGGGCCGGGCAGCACAAGCCUGGGGCAGUCUCCUGUGCAGUCAGUGUUUGUGCCUCGCAGCUCGUGAGGACGGCGUGUGCCCAGCCUGGCCUGCAGCCAGCCCUGCCACACGUACAGGGGGCAGUGUGUGCCAGGGCUUUCACUCAGCCUGGCAGCACCUGGGACGGGUCGGCGACGGAGGCGAACAGUCCCGUUCAGGCAAAAUAUGUACAAAGAAAUAAAAUGUUCCCUCCA